CUGCGGGGCGUACCCUGGCCGUGGGGUCUCCUUGCGGGUAUUUAGUGCUGUUUUGUUCCAAGGGCGACUUUCGCUCGCUGAGGCGGUACCUCUGGGACGAUGGCAGAGGGAGAUAAUCGCAGCGCCAACCUGCUGGCUGCUGAAACUGCAAGUCUGGAAGAGCAGCUGCAAGGAUGGGGAGAAGUGAUGCUGAUGGCUGAUAAAGUCCUCCGAUGGGAAAGAGCCUGGUUUCCACCUGCCAUCAUGGGUGUGGUUUCUUUGGUGUUUCUGACUAUCUACUAUCUAGAUCCAUCUGUUCUGUCCGGUGUUUCCUGUUUUGUUAUGUUUUUGUGCUUGGCUGACUACCUUGUUCCCAUUCUUGCACCUAGAAUUUUUGGCUCCAAUAAAUGGACCACUGAGCAACAGCAAAGAUUCCAUGAAAUCUGCAGCAAUGUAGUAAAGUCUCGUCGCAGAACUGUGGGCUGGUGGAAACGCCUCUGCACUCUAAAGGAAGAAAAGCCUAAAAUGUACUUCAUGACCAUGAUCCUUUCUCUUGCUACGGUUGCUUGGGUGGGACAGCAAGUCCACAACCUUCUUCUCACCUACCUGAUAGUGACUUUCUUGCUGUUGCUUCCUGGACUGAACCAACAUGGAAUCAUUUCGAAGUACAUUGGAAUGGCCAAAAGGGAGAUAAACAAGCUUCUCAAACAAAAAGAAAAGAAAAAUGAAUAGUGAAUCUGCUUUGUUCAAUGUGACUAAUGGCAUAUCCAUUAUCCAUGGAAACAGUUUCUAUUAUUGCUGUCUGGAUACUAAAUGUUACAGAAGCAGCUCUUAGCUCCCUCAUCUGCCCUUAGUUAAUAGAAAUUCAGACUUGCCAACUCAGCUUAAUUCAUAGUGUCUUCAUGUCAAGUGUGGCUGGGUAUAUUCUCUCAGUUGGCCUUACAUGGACAACUCAUUUGUAUGACUUGUUUUGAUAUUUCUCAUGCAGGGUUGAUCGAAUUCUUACAUUUAGGCAACUUCCUGUAAUAACCUAGUGGUGACCUUCACCCUUUAGUACAGUUAACAGUGACUCUGGGUAACUAUCCAGUUGAUCUUUGUUUUGGCUAGAUAGAAGGUAGUGGUCUGUGGCUACAGGAAGCUGGUUCUACUGUCUGCUUCCACAGUCUGCUUAAAAAACUGUCUGGCUCUUCAUGAAUAUAGAAACCACAUAAGAGACCAAUUAAGAUUCAUUCCUUAUUUUGUUUCUGUAUCAUGGGUGAAGACUACUUAUGUAAUGAAACAAAUUCCGUAUGCCAGUAUGUAUUGGCUUCUCCCUGUGCAAAACUUAGUAAGUUGUAAGAAACAGUGAUGUUUUCUUCCAAAUGGGAAUCUGACAGGUUUAGAGCUUUUAUCCGCUUGUACUUAAACUUUAAAUUAGUAAAUCCUUCAAGACUUUUUAGCAGAAUUCCAAAAGGUUGUAUUUUGACUUGCAGCCUACUUUUAAUUUCUGAUUUUCAGCUGACUGAUGCUGAAGUGCAUAAAUAGGUUAAGGCUCAAUGUCCCUGACCUUUACUCCAAGACCAACCACUAAAGAACAAGCCUCCUGUGUUUAGUCAAGAUUCACUUCAGUAGACAAUAAUCUUACUAGUUUCUCAAGACCCAAAUAGCCUUUAAAGGCAGGCCUCGGGAUUCUCAUUUAAUGGCAGUUCUGGCUGCCGUGGCCCCUAUGGAUUGGGCAUAGGAAGUGGUGACUAAGAAGGUAUCUGUGUAGCUUUUUCUCUGAAGAAUAUAAGGCUGGUGGUGAGAACAGACUUGGAGUGAUGAGAGUUGGCUUUGCUCCAGAGAGUCUAACUCUGACAAGCUGCUUAGAGUCAGUCUCCCUCUCAGCAGCUAGAAAUUAGGAAUGAACCUCUGAGGACUGAAAAUGUGAAUUUUUGAACAUUCUUUAAUUAGCUGUAAUAUAGUUUUGUGAAUUUAUUGCACUGAUGUUGUAAGGCCUGGACCUUGUGGUUUAUCUGUCCCUAAAUAAGUUUUCUCCCCUUCAAUAUUGCUGUAAACAGUGGCAUCCAUGUAGCACAUGUUUGAGUUUUUCCCCAUGUUUCUAUGGAAACUACAAACUACCUUAAUAUACAUGUGUUUCCUCCUUGUAAAUAACCUAUUGUCCUGCCUGGAUUUUUGUGUGUAUACUUGUUCUACCAGUUAACUACUUUUGCAGUUUUAAUCCUGUAUUAUUUCUUCAACUUUGUUUUGUGUAAAAGGGGAAAAAUUAAAAAAGCAAGAAUCCCUC